AUGACCCAUCUCGAACUGUUCCACAACCUUUCGACGGCGGAGUUCCAAGAUUUCGAAGCCUCGGGCCAAUCCGACGUCAUCCCCGCGUCAAUCUACAUGAAACAUGCACUCACGAGGCCGUAUCUCAUGCACCAACUGCUCGCCUCAUCAGCCUUGCAUCUCAGCCGCAAGAAACCCGAAUCCCAGAACCGCUACCGGACCUACGCGACGGGUCUACAAACGAGGGCGCUGGCGCUAUUCAACGAAAGCCAUCCGGUACUGGAAGUGACGCGGGCGAAUUACGCGCCCAUAUUUUUGUUUUCUUCCUUGGUCGGGCUCCAUGCCAUCUGUGAGACAUUGCAUUAUCAGCGAAACGGAGCGGGAGCGGGAGCCGGGCUUGAAGAGUUCGUCGAGCGCCUCGUCCACGGUCUCAGCACAGUGCGGUCUGCCGGUGGUGGAGAAUGCGAUUCACUUCGGAACAUGAUCGAUGCCACGGACUCGGACGUGUCGCGGACGGCAUAUCGCGAUGCCGUCGCCCAUCUUCAGCACGUAUUUGAUGUGCAGCAGCGGCGUGUGGCUGAUGGUGGUGCUGGCGGCGCCGACAUGCCGUUGCUCUUCACCUGGCCCGUCCUCGUCUCUUCUGAAUAUCUUGCUUUGCUGCGCCAAAGGCAGCCUCAAGCCCUUGUCAUCCUCGCCCACUAUGCUGUCCUUCUACAUCGUGGCCGCCGCUUUUGGCUGCUCGGCGAUGGUGGUCAAUUCCUGAUCGAGUCUAUCUGCGCGACUCUGGGACCUAAAUGGCAGAAAUGGCUGGAGUUUCCAAAAUCCGCCCUUCGAGAUCCGAGCUGA